CAAGCCCAACAAUGACGACACAUCCCACCAUUUACCUUAAACAAUUCAAAUAUGCAUUCUAAUGAUGACUGAAGGUUCAUCUUAAACACAAGUAUUGUAUUAGCAUAAUAUGGUAGAGAGAGAGAGACGUUAAGGUAAGCUUUCGCGAGUCUCUCCGCAUGCAUUUGAGCAAAAAUGAAUUCUAGUCUAUGGUGUUCAUCUUUGACCUCAAUUUCCAGCCACUGCUGCAGUCAUCAAAACAAGUUUUCAGUUAGUAAUACGAUAGACAGACAACCUCAAGUUAGUGCAUGGACCUGAAAAAAUGUCAUUAUCAUCUAAUGAUAUUAGAAAGGCAAGUCUUGUGCAAACGUUUCCAUAUCAGUUACAAAUACACCAACGAAAUCUCCCACAUCAUUACUUGGAAAUAAAGCUUCUAACGCUACAAGAGCAUUUCUUACAACAGGAAACUCAUCACAGGACUGCAUUAAUUUUGCAGAAGGCUCGCUAGACAGUCGACAUACCACAUUCCGGAGCCAGUUUGCAGCUUUCAUCACCGCUUUCACACAUUUAGCAGGAAUCAUAUGGAUUUUAGCAAAAGAACGUACAUUUGGCUUUCAAAUACUUCAUCAUAAUUUUGAAGAUCAUGUUCACGCGAUCAUAUGUUUUUUGAUUGGUAUGCAAUUGUCAACUUCAUAUGUUGUACAUGUGUCAUUUCAUUAAUUUUGCCUUUCAUGGAUCUAUAUGUUUUAUGCCGAAUAUUUUGAGCGUUUAAUAACUUUUUCAGUCUCGUGACAAAAAAUUCACGUAAAUGUGCAACAAACUUAGCAUUUGAACAUUUUGAUGGUAGUAGACUACUCAAUUGAUGGCAACUUCUCCCCCUAAUGAAUACUUAUAACUCAUGCACAUAAUUGAGAAAACGAUCCACCUUGCACUCAUAUAACUAAAAUCAAAAGAUGUCAUUGUUGUGCAUAGUUCUUUUUCAGGAUAUACUUUAUGUUUUUGCAUAACAUCAGCACAACACUAACAUGUACUUGAACGAGGUCAAAGAGUAAAAAAAUAAUAUAUUUGAUAAAUAAGCACCUAAGAAAUAAAUAUGGUUUAGAUCAAUGAAAAGGAGAGACAAUUGCAUAUCAAGAGCAUGUAAUUAAGGUAUAAUUGUAGUACUAUACUACCAAUAUGUACAUCUACAAUUGUGUAUUACUUUUAACCUUUUAAUAAUUGUAUAAAAUGUUAGGUAUAGAGACACUCCACAUCCACUUUACAUUACCAUACAAUAUUAAUUCAAUAACUAAAGAUCAGUUGUGGUGACAAUUGUAAUGUUCCUCCUUAUAGUUUAUUGUCUAUCAUCAUUAGAACUACAAAGAAUCAAGUUUUAUCUUUGCAUCGUGCAAUUGAGUUCCCUCAUAGACAUUCUACCAAAUAACUUAUAUGAAUUAAACGAUGACUAGCAUAGAGUAAUUGAUAUAUUUUUAUUGUAAAAGAAGAUUUACUAUUUAGAAUUGAUUGGAGAUGAAAGAUUGUGUAAACCCACUCUAGAUAGAUAUGGUGAAGGAAUUAGGAACGUAGGCGGCUUGAGUGAAGUCAAAAUGCAUAUUUAUGUGGAAAGGUGGUGAUCUAGGUUAUUCUAAUAAUUUACGGACCAAACAUGAACCAACUGCCACUGAGUUUGGGAUUAUCUGCUGACAACUGUGGAAGCAGAGAAAUGAGGAGGUAAUGGAGGGGAGAGCUUUCUCUCGCGACAGUGUUUGUGCCAAGAUCCAAGUCUGGUUCAACAUCGUGCAGAAAUCCGACCAGAACAUCCAGAAAACCUUUCCUGUUGUCAAACCUGCUAAGCAGAGCUGUCUUGUUGGCUGGGAACCACCUGAAGAAGGCUGGAUACAACUCCAAUUGGACGGUUCUGUCCUCUCUCCCAGUGGUAAAGCUGCUGCGGGGGGAUUGCUUAGGAACCACACAGGGAAGUGUCUUGGGGCUUACGUUUGUAACCUCGGUCACUGCUCCAUCACAGCUGCAGAGCUAAGGGGAGCCUUGGAGGGACUCAAGAUUGCUUGGAGAGAAGGCUACCACAAAAUUCAACUCAGCAUGGACUCCACCACAGCGAUCAAAAUCAUCGACAAAAGAUUUGAAGAUGAUCAUCGACAUGGCAGCAUUGCCAAACAAUUCAACCACCUUUUGAACCUACAAUGGGAUGUUCGUGUGUCUCAUGGGUAUAGGGAAGCCAAUUUGGCGUCCGAUUUCUUGGCUAGCAAGGCUCAUAGUUUCACUUUUGGUACACAUCCUUUCAAUGUGUACGACAAGGAUCUUGUACAUUGGAUCCACCAUGAUGUAAUGGGAGUUUCCCAUGAACGUUUUUAUCUCUAAUGUCACUUAGGAGCAUUGCGUCUACCUUCUUACCAAAAAAAAAAUAAUCAUUUACUGAUCAAGAAUGAAGCUGAAGCAAAAUGCGGAGAAUAGUGUAAUUUAAACGUAUUUACGAAAUGAUAGAGCAUUGAGUGAAGCUAACAAACAAAUGUCUUCAACAGGGAGCUAUGUUUGUGGGAGGAAAAAGGUGAAAAAGAAAAGGAAAUUUUGUGAAUAGUGCUGACUUGAGCAAAGUCGAAUGCGAAAAAAUUAACUGGAUCGCACUUCUAUUUUAAAAAAAAGGUUAUUGUUGUGAAAAUUGUGUAUACGACUUUACGUGCAUAACCCUAAAAUUACAUACAAAGCAUAAACACUCCCUCAUUAAUUUUAAUGGACUAUAUCUUAUUGUUUUGAACUCGUAUUUCAUAUUUUUUGCAUAAAAAGAUCAAAUAAGUAUACUAUAGACAAUGAAAUUUAUUGUUAUAUAUUUUGGCAAAAAAAAAAGUAUGUAUACUUUAGUAAUUUUAUAUAGUGUAGGAAUUAUCAUAUAUCAUGGUGGCACAUGACUGAACUAUAUAGGUGUAUUUUAGUAAUUUUUUGGUGUACGUAUAUGUCACAUAAAUACGUGAUCGUAAUAAUGUAUUUUACUUAGCAAGUUGACACUUUCACUUCAUAAUAUUAUCAACAACUAAUGAGUAGCACAUAAAAAAGGUUAGUUUUUAGCAUAUAACUACAUAACUGUAUUAGUACAUAUGUUUAUAGUAGUAUAAAUAAAAUGUUAAAUUGUUGGUACGAUAUAAUACCAAAGAGUGAUGUCCUUUGAUUUCUCCUUUUUUGCAUAAUUAUACGCUACAAAAUGACAUUUACUAUCAUUUUUUUUUUGCAUUUAAAAGAAUAAUUAUGUUUUCUUUAAUAAGAGAGAGAUGUCGAAUUUGUUUUGUUGAUGCAUAUAUAACUCGGUUUUUGUAUUACUUCCUUUUACCCAUGACGCUUUUUGUCAUAUCAAAAUAACUUGGUUUAAAAUAUUUAAAAAUUUCACCACCAUCAACAAUAUUCUUACAGAAAUGGAAUUAUCAUUUAUCAUGGUGGCUCAUGAUUGAAUUAUGUAAGUAUAUUUUAGCAAUUUUAUGGUGUAGGAACAUGUCACAUAUAUAUGUGAUUGUGAUAAUGUAUUUUACUUAGUAAGUUAGCAUUUUCACUUCAUAAUAUUAUCAACAACUAAGCAUUUUCACUUCAUAAUAUUAUCAACAACUAAUGCAGUAGACACAUUUUUUUUAUAUUUUUAGUAUAUAACUAUAUGAGUGUAUUAGUACACAUAUUUAUAGUAGUACAGUCAAAAUAUUACAUUAUUGGUUGAAAUAUUUUUAAUUGUUUAUCUAUCAUAUUAUCAAGAAAACCUAAUCGAAAGUUAUUUUUAUUUGUUAAUGAUUCUCUAUGAUGGAUAAAAAAAUACAAUAAACAUAUUUGUAGCUUUAAUUUAUGUAUAAUUUAGGGUCAAUGUUUUCAUAUUUGAGUCAAAGGUGAAACAAUAAAGCAAAGAAGAUCAUAGUCAAAGGUAGGGUGUUAAACCCAUUUCAUGACAUGAGUAUUAAUUUCUUUUGUGGUGGUAACAUCAAAUAGAAUUUGUCUCAAUGGUCAAACACUCUAGAUGAUAUUAAAAUUAGAAUUUGCAC